AUGAUAAAAAUUAUUAAUUAAGAUUAAAUGAAAAAUCAGAAAAUAGCUUUUUGUUAGAUUAACUAUUUAAAUGUUUUUUAAAUAAUUUGUUAUAAAUAUUUGAAUAUCACAUUUACAUACAACAAAUUAAUUUAGAAAAAUAAAAAAAAUGGAUUAAAUGGAUUCAUUCUUAUUUUUUAUAAUAAUUGGAAAACUUUUUUUACUCAUUCAUUCAAUUGUAAUGAAUAAUACUAUAAUUAAUUUGAAGAAAAAGAAAAAUUUAAUUUAUUAAAUUAACAAAUAAAUAAUUUCCAAAACAAAAAUUAACAGCAUUAAUUUAGAAAUUAUUAAAUAGUUUAUUAGAAAGGUAGGUACGUAGGUAGAAUCAAUAAUACAUUAGACAAAAAAAUGAAACAAAAUUAGAAGCUAUAAAAAUUAAAUAUCUACUUAAUAGACAAUAGACUUUUAAGGUUAUUGUAUAAUUUUUAUAUUGAAAAGCUACAUGACCUUUAGUCAUCCUACUAGCGAUCUUACAAGCUUUGCAUUUUACUCAACUUAAUAAAAGCAUGCUAUAUACUAAUGAUGCUUUUUAAUAAUUCUUCACUAUAAGACAUUAAUAGCUCUGGAUCAGGAUUCGAAUUUUAUACUUUCCUUGAUGCAGAAGCUUAUUUAGAUAGAAUUUAAGGCAGUUUAAUUUACUUAUAAGUAACAGUUCUAAGUAUAAAUUCUGUUCUGAUGAUUUAUAUAUUCAUUAAAUUCUUAUAGUUUGCAGCAAAUUCUAUUAAUAAUAUGAAGCUUAGUCAUCUAGAAGGGGCAAAUAUAAAUACAGGAGAGAUAUAGGUGAAAUAAGAUAUUUACCAUGAGAUUAUUUUCUCUUUUAUUUUUCAAACAUAUGAAUAUAUUAUUAUUAUUCCUGCAAUUUAUAUAUCGUGCAUUCUAAGAAAUGCUAUAUCUAUCCCUGCUUUGGUAUUAGCUAUUCUAAAUGGAUUAAUAAUUAAGGAUUCAGAUUAUAAUUACUUAAUUUCAAGUAAAGAUUUCCUUUCUAAAAGGUAUAUAUGGUCUGAUAAGAUACUAUAUCUAUUAUAGUGUCUCUUGUUAUCAAUUUAUGCUUUAGAAAAAGGAAUUUUUGGUUUAUGGAUGAUAAUACUAUAUGUAUUUUUAGAGCUUGCUUUUAUAAUAUAUAAAAGACCAUACUUCUCAAAGCAUAUGGAAGGAAUAAUUAUGUGGAUUAAAAUUUUUAUCUUAAUGCUUUAUAUUUCGUGCAUCAGCUUAAGAUCAAAUAUUGACUAAGGUCCCAGCUUAUUUUUUGUUUUACUAGCUCUAUCAGUUCCUAUUUCACUUAAAAUUACAAGGAUAAUAAUUAAUUAAUAGUUAACUAUGAUAGAAAAUGAAUUAGAGAGGUUAAUGAAUAGUACUACUUUAUCAUAAGAAGAUAAUAAUAGUAAACAUAUUGAUUAAAUAAUUAGAAUGAUCAUAUAUCCAGAGAGAGUUUUUCUUAGUAAUCAAUAAAAUUUCCUAUUUAAUUUAAUUAUCCCUCAUGUUCAUAAGAGUGAUGCAUAAAUCAAAAGAGAUAUUUUCAAAGCAAAUUUACUUCGCACAUUUUAAGUAAAAUUAUUUAGAGAAAUAGACUAUGAACUGAAUGAGUUAAAAAAACUAUAAGCUGGAUAAAAUAUUGGUGAGAGAGGUAAGACAAAAAAGCUUGGGAGAUCUUAAAAUUAAUCUGGUAAUGAAAGUAAUUACGAUCAAGAUGAAAUGGCAUAAAACUAGCUGGAUGCUUAUAAUGAAGCAAAGCAAGAAAUUCUUGCAUAACAAUAUGCAUUAAAUGAAAAAUAGAUACAUGGUAAAAUUUAUAUUGAAAAAGCAUAGGUGUAUGGAGAUGAUAAAGUCAUGGAGGAGAAUCUGUAAUCGUAUUUUCAUAGAGUAAUUCAAAAUACUAAAGAUAAACAAGAAUUUACAGAGAUUGAUGUUAUACAUCUUGUAUAUAUUUUAGAAAUUUUAAAUAAUGAAAAACUAUUUGAAUUAAAAUUCUUUCAGAAUAAGAAAAAAAUGUCAAUCAAGCAUUAACAAAUAGUCAAAUCUUUGUUUUCCGAGUCAUACGAAAAGAAAAAUAUGCAUAUAAAAGAGUAUGGAAAAGAGAGUAUAUUCCAUACUGAGCUUUAAGAAGCCUUGAGCUAUGACAGUCUUAUCAACUUAUUGCAGUUUUGGAUAGACGAAACGAUAGAAAAGAAACUUCUUAUCCUAAGUGUUAUGCGAUAGAGACACAUUAUACUUGACGAGCUUAGAAAAAUGCUAGAAGAUGUUCAAUUUAGGCGCAGCUAAAUUAUCAAAACAAUAUCCCAUUUAGUAUAACUAAAUGAUAAAAAUAGCAAACUUCAUUCUCUUUACAUUUGUUAUUUAGAAAAUCUUUCUUUUACAGAUAAAGACAUCAACCUAAACAAAUUUAAAAAGCAGUAAUAAAUAAACUCAGUCUAAAGAAACUAUUUAGCUAAGCUUGAUAAAAGUGAUUCAUGUGUUGUUUUUGCUAGUGUAGGCAAGUCAAAUAAAGGAUUUUUAAUAAAGAAAAUUACAUAAACUUUUGAAAGAAUUUUUAAUUACAAACCUGUUGAGAUUAUAAAUGCUUCUAUAGAGAAGUUAAUGCCUUAUCCUUACUAAAAGCCUCAUGCUAAACUGAUCAAGGAUUUCUUCAGCGAUAAUAUGUAAAAUGAAAAAGGAAAUGUCCCUCUUGCUUUUGGUUUAAGUCAAAAAGGAUAUAUUAUACCUUUAGAGAUAAGCAUUAGAAUAAAUAAUUUUCAAGGUGAUUUUGGACUGUCAGCAUAUCUAUAAGUUUUAGAUAAAAACUAAUUAGUCAAUGAAUAUCAACAAUAGUAUUAUAAUUAUUUAUCUAAAGAAUACCUAAUAUACGAUGAAAGCAAUUUAAAAGUAAUAUCCAUGACAUUUGCCCUUCAUAGUCUACUCUUUUACAGAUUUAAAAGUAUUCAUUCUAUUUACUUAAGAGGCUUUUUCCCCUUUCUCAGAAAAAUUUUCUAAAACCACUCGAUGAGGUCAUCUAACACAGGAAGAAGCAAGAGCGCUAAAUCCUCAAAUAGCUUGCUUUAAUCAAGUAGGUACUUAAACUCUAACCGCAGUAUUACAAGUUAAAGAAGAAGAGCAUAAAAUAUGAUGAAAGAAUUAGAUAAAAAAAAAAAAGAUGUAAAUGGAUCUUAAGCAUCUAUAAGCAGUGAUAAAAAGCACAAAUAAAAAAAAAUUUAGAAAGAAAAAGAAAGAUUAAGCAGCUUAUACUCAAGAACUUUAACUAAAAAUGUAGAAGAAAUGGAUUUUUUAAUGAUUGUUCAAAAAGGUGAAUCUAUUUCUGAUGAUGACAGUCCUUAAUACAUUGAAAGUAAUUUUUAAUUCUUUACUAUGUAUGUUCAAAUUUGUGAAGACAGGAUAGGAUAAAACAAUCAGCCUAUUCGUUACUUAGAAAUAACUAAAAUAUAAGAAGUAAAUGCCUUUAAUAACUCAGGCUUUUUGCUGAAUGUGUUUGAUGAUUAAAUAAAUAUGCUAACAAAUAAAUAAUUUUUUACGUAAUAAGUUUAAAAUAAAAUUAUUUAACAUUUAGAAAAAUUUUACUUUUUCUAAUAACUGAUUUAAAAUGGUGAAAUUAACAUUUCGGACUUAAAAGUUAAUGAAAAUAAAUUAAGUUUAAAAAAUUUAUAAAGAAGUAGUUAUAUGAGUCCAAAAAAAGGCAAAUACUCAAAUAAUGAAAUAUAUAAAUACUAUAUAUCUUAUGGAUAUAGCCAACUUCCUGAAGUAAUUAAUGAAUUUGAGUAUGAAAAAGAAGAAUCUACAUUAGACAAUAAAAGGUUUACUUUUUCCAAUUAGCAAGAGUAAAAAGCUGAAUAAGCUAAAUUGCAUGACAACCCAGAUAAUAUUAAUUAUGAAUAGUUAGAUAAAUUUUUCAACAAUAGAGAACCAGAAAAAGCACAUAGAGGAAAUGUCAACAGCCAAUCAAAAGAAAAGUAGCCUAGAUUAAGCUAACUUGCAAACAUAGCUAAGUAUAAAUUCAAUACCUAAGAAUAUGUCAAAAAGCCAAAUUAUAAAAGUGAACUUAAUGAAGAUUAGAAAUAAAAUCACAUUUCAAUUUUUCAAGGUAGACAAGUUAAGUUAGCGAAGCAGUAAUCAGAAGAUUUGAGUUUUGUGAGUAGUUAGAUAGAUUUGUAAGAAAGUCCUCGAAAAAAGUAAGAUGGUCAAAUUAAACUAAAAAAUUUAGAUUAAGCUUAAACAUCACAAAAACAGUCAGAAAAUUAAGUGAAAAAGAUAGAAGCCACUGAAACUAUUUCUCCAGUGAAAAAUUAAAUCAAUUUUCCUUAUUCUCCUUCUCAGUCAUUAAGUUUUCAUUAAGCGAGUAACCAAAAAGGAUAAGAGCUUCUAAGUCCAAGCUAGCAAAACGUUAUUCCAUAAUUUAAUAUGGAUGAUAUAAAUUUUCAAAAUACACCUUUGAACUCCAAAGUACAGCAUGCUGUAUUUGGUGAGGCUGCAAAUCAAAAUCAUAACAUAUACUAAAACAAUCAAUAUUAUUCAUUAAAUUAUGAUAAUUCUAUGCAGUAUCUAGCAGGUGAUAAUAGUAAAUAAAAUAAUAUUGAUUCCUAAGUAAUGAGCCCUCAAGCAGCUGUAGCUACAACUUUUUAUUAAGAUAAUUAGCUGAAUAAUUAUCUUUCUCAAAGCUAAAUACUAACUCCUAGUAACAGCUAAGGAAUUAUUCCAUAACAAUAUGGGCUAUUAGGACCUUAAUUAGAUUAAAAUAUAUUUUAAAAUCCAAGUUAAAGUAGCUUAAUGAAUAUAAGCAACUUAAAUAUAACAAAUGUUAAUAAUAAUUUUAUAUAUGACAAUAAAUAAAUUUAAAACUAAAAGAGCUCGAAAUUUUUUAGUUCUAAAUUAAACUAAAUGUCACAGUUGAAAAGUCUACGCAGUAAAGUCAGUUCAAAUACACAGCCUAAUUUCAUUUAACAGUUUUCUACCUUAAAUCCUGGAAGUAAUGACCCUUCUAAAGAAUUUUCAGGAUAAUCAUAAAGCAAGGAUAUUGAAGAUACGAAAACAAAAAAAAAAUAAUACAUAAAUAUCUAAGAUGCAGUUGAAUCUUCUUCUACUCACUCAAAAUUGUCUAACAUAUCUUCUUAAAAAAAGCAAGUUAAUCACAUAAUUUUUAGCACAAAAGAUCUAAAUGCAAUGAAAAUCAUUAAUAUUUUUGGUUUCCUGAGUAUAUCAGUAAUUAUAUUUGUUACACUCUUUUAGUAUUAUCAAAUAAUAACUACAUUUUAAGACUUUGAAUCAGAUUGUAAUAUAUCUGAUGUGCCUACAAGGUAUGUUUCUAAUAUGGCAUAUAUAGUUUAUGGAAAGAGUUUUCAAUUUCUGCUUUAAAACAAUUUCUUCACCUUAACUGAUAUUUAAGUUUAACAAGAAUUAUCUAAUAUAAAGUAAGUGUAUAAUAACACAUUCACUUAAUAGCUGUCUAUGCUAAUUUCUUUAAGUAUCCCAUAGCCAACAAACCAAUUAGUAUUUUAUCUGAUCGAUGGCUAAUAUAUUGCUAAUUUAUCUUCUCUUUAUGGAACGGAUAGCAGUCUUGUUGGAGUUAACAGCAAUGAUUUAAAUAAUUACAAAACAUAUAAUUAUGCUACUAAUGUAUUUUAUGGUUGCAUUUUAACCUUCUAAUACUUUUUUCGCUUUGUUUAUGGGUCAGGUAAUCCAAGAUCUACUUAUAUUGCAUUAUCAAAUCAAGACAGAUUGUAAGUAGAGCUACUAAAUUUAUUUAAUUAAUCAGAACAGGAUCAGCUAGAUUCAAUAACUGUAAAUCGUGAUUUAGUUACAAAGCUAAUGGUUUUGAUUUUAAUUAUAUGUCCUUUAUGUGUAUCAAUUGUCUUACCUCUUUAUGCAUACAUAUAAACCAAAAGACAGGAGAUUUUAAUGCUGUUUGGAACAUUCAGUAUAUAGCGUCUAGAUUAGUGCAUGCAAGAUACCAAAUUCACCACUUUCUACUUAUUUGAUAUUAGCUCUAAUUAGGCCGCAAGUUAAAAAUAAAAUGUUUAAAGGUAGUUGCUAAAUAGUAAAGAGACAUAAAAAAAAUAAACACUAAGUUCAUCAACUCCCUUACCAAAAAUAUCAUUAGUCCUUGUUUUCUUAAGUAUAGUAAUAAUUCUCUUCACAUUACCUUAUCCUAUAGCAAAUUAAUAAAUAUCUUUCAGAUUUAUAGAUUAAGACAGUUUAACACUUUAGCUUAAGCUCGAAUUAUCAUAGCUUCGUAUGAAUAUUCUAGAAUCAGUAAGCAGUGCCUAUUACUCUUUCUAUUUAAAGAUUCAUCCAGAAUUAUAGAAAUAAUAUAAUAUAACCUAUUAUAUGACAAAACUUUAAAACUCAACCUCAAAUAUUGGAUAAACGCAGCUACAAAUUUAAUCUUUAUUUAAUUAAAUCUCCUUAUAAAACAUGUUUUAGCAAGAUUUUUAUAAUAAUUUCAUUCCUAGCUACUUUGAAAAAAGCUUAUGUGGCAGUUAUGUUUAAUCUUCAUAUGUUGUAUAACUUACUGAUUUAAAUCAAUAAAUAUGUGACUAGCUUCAUAAUGGAAUUUUGAAUUAAGGAGCUUUCUUUAUUUUAAAAACAACUAUCUAAAUAUUAAAUGAUUACUAUGAAAUGGCUUAGAUAUAAUCUAUAUCAGAUUUUUAGAAUGCAUAUUAAUAAUAUGAAUAAUCUUUUUCAACUAUGGACUUUAAUUAAAUGUUUAAUAUAUUAGCUGAUACAUUAGAUGCUAUGACAGAUGGUAUUGACAAAUAAAUGACUAGUUAUUUUGAUUAUAUAAAAGUAAUAUCUAUUAUUUUGAUGGUCUAUCAAUUUUUGGUUGUUGGAGUAAUUUUGAUUAUAAGUUGGAUUUUCUUCUAUAUUUCUCUUGGAAGGUAGCUCAAUGAAACCAAACAGCUUUUAUCUGUAAUAGACAUUUAUUCUAUAGUUAACAAUCCCUAUAUACAUAACUUCUUAAUAUAAAAUUUAAGGAGCUGA